UUUUAAUUUUUAAUCGCUCGCUUCCUCACUUCCACCGCCUCUCCCUUCUUCUGUUUGUCUCUAUUAUUCCUGUCGAUCGUCUCCACCGCCUCAAUCCACAAGUUCUUCUAAUCACCUUCUGAAGCUGCGGCGCCACCGCCACCGUCACCACCUGCACCGAUUCUCCCGGUGGAAGGGGAUGAGGAAGACGAGGAAUAUGAAGCGAAGAAGAGUUAUUCCCACCGCACGACCCACCCACCGUCGAAGAGUUCUGAAGCUGCGGCGCCACCGCUGUCGUAUUUUUUUACCUCGAUCGCCACCACCAUCAGCCGCCUCAUCUGGACCUGCGAUUAGGGCUUGAUGAAGAUCAUCGCUCCUACCGGACUCUCUACACGCGUUACACGUGUUUUGAAUCUACUUCCUCCACCGCUUUUGUUAGCCAAGAUGUUCUCCAUUUCUCCUCACGAUGAACAUUAUCCCUUUACCCUUACAUCGCCAUCGAUCAUCAUCUUCCUUUGAUUUGCUGGUCUAUCCUCGGAAAGUCUUCAGCUACUACUCACCGACUGUCAUCGACUUCUAUUCACCAUUGCAACAACACAGCCUCCACUCCGACCUAGCAAGAUAGCGACGACACAUGCAACAACAUUUGCUUUUCCAACGGCGUGGAUUGUUGGAGAUGGUGCGAUCGGCGAUUGAUGUGGCCGCGAUGGGUGGAAAACAUGAAAAAAAAACGCACACACUUCUCUUAUUUCAGUUCUUGGAACCAACAAAAAAAUGUUUUUCCUAGAAUCGGAGUACACCAAACCACUUCAUCGCUCUUAAUACUGAAACCAACAGAAAAAGGUUUUUCGUAGAAUCGGAGUACACCAAACCACUUCAUCGGUCUUAAUUUUAGGGCUUGCUUCUUAUCUAAUAUCUUCCGAUUGUUCCAAAUUUUUUGGGGUGAUAUCUUCUGCGACUUAAUUGUUCGUUUUUGUAUUUGUAAGCCUGAAUCUUCGAUUAUAUAUGUAACACCGCUACAAGAUUAAAAACGGGGAUGGUUGUGGCAGGUCUGACAGAAGGCGUAAGGGGCUAAUUUCGUAAACUUUGCAGAUAUAACAACUCUCUAAAUUCAGCUGUCAGGUCAUGUGUUUCUUAUGUUUUUAUUACCUUUUUUGGGUCGUUUUGGGCGUUGGGUUGCUUCCUGGGCUGGUGGUGUCUGGAAAGAGGAAAUCUGAUGGGUUUUUAGAAAACAUUAAACAUCAGCUGAAGGUUAAUUGGAUGACGCUUCAAGGAGUUAAUUUUGUCUUUUGUAUCUAUUACAGAGCCAUUGGCAUAAUUAAUUUAAAGUUUCCAAAUCUUAGCCCUCUUAAAUCCCAUGGAAUUGCUAGAAACAGAGUAUGGACCAAGGAGAACAAUUCCCAUCUUCUUCAAUCCAAACCCAUUAAUGGAGUUUCUGUUGAUUUGUUACUUAAGCCCACUGAAGAUGAUUUGAUGAAAUGGCCUAACAGUGAAGUUGAGUAUGGAUUUGGGAAACUUGAUUAUGUUGACAAUACAAAGAACAUGACAACAUUUACAAAGACACGGGAUACAAUAACCAUUAAUUCGGAGCUUGAUAGGAUUUAUCUCAGCACACCAAAAAAACUAGCAGUUCUUGAUCAUAAAAAGUAACAAACAGUUUCCAUUGAGAAAGAUGGAAUUCUUGAUGCUGGUGAGAUUUUUCCCACUUUAGUGUUAGAAAGGUUAUUUCUGCCACGUAGGGUUCAAGUUGAGAAAUCCAUCAAAGUUUCUAAUAUUCAAUACCUUGAGGUGGCUUUAUUCAAGUUAUGAGGAAUGAGAUUUCGACUCGAAAUGUUUUUACUAUCAGCCAAAAGCGUUAAAUGCAAAAAAUAGCAACGCACACUAAUUUAUUUGUUUACUUUCAUUUCUUACAUUAGGACAUUAUAUUAUAUUCAAUCUAUCCGGUUGCCAAGUAUUUGAAUGCCAUUAUAGCAUCCUACUUUCGUGACCUGCCAAACAUCAACAAAAAAAAUCUGACCCGUGCAACGCACGGGCCUCAUUUCUAGUUAUAAAUAAAAAAAAUGUAAGUACAUUAACUAUAUG